AUGCCAGCUAUGGCACGCGCGAGCGACGCGGCACUGGAUCCGCGUGCUAUUUUCACCGCGCAUUAAAGCGGCAGCAGCAGCAGCAUGGGGAGCCACGAGCUCCAGUCGUGCGCAGCGGGCACGAGCAGCUCUCCUUCUCUCUUCGUCAUGAAGUCUACCGAGAACGAGCGCGCGGUUUUUCGCGGGCGCGAGCCUCCCUCGGACCCCUCGGACCCGGAGAGCGGCAGCGAGAGUUCUUCGGAGAAGUGGACGGAGACGGAGGGUGCGAUCGGGCGAGCGCGCGCUCUCUCCGUCACCGGGCGCAGCAGCAGCAGCAGGCUCAGGCUGGUCGGUGUAAGCAAACAGCGGCAGGCGGCGAAUGCGCGCGAGCGGGACCGCACGCACAGCGUCAACACGGCGUUCAGCGCCCUGCGCACGCUCAUCCCCACCGAGCCCGCCGACCGGAAGCUAUCCAAGAUUGAGACACUGCGCCUGGCCUCCAGCUACAUCGCGCACCUCGCCAACGUCCUGCUGCUCGCCGAGAGUGGAGGAGACGGACCUCCGUGCACGCGACACCGAGAGACCCUCGUGCACGGCGGCGGGGGCGCGCUCAGACCCAUUUGCACCUUUUGCCUCGGAAAUCAGAGGAGAAUGAUGCGAGCCGGUGAGAAUCCAGGUGUGUGAGAAUCCUCGUCCUGCUCCAGCAGCUCCAUGUUUACAUGUAAAGACUUUCUCUUCACCUCAGACGGACAGAACUAAAAGCCUUGCUGUAUAUUUUCUUUCAAAAACUCUAAAAACGAGGACAGACGGAGGAAGAAAAGACACGUGAAGAAUGCACUUUCCCCCCCCGCGCGUUUACAAACGUGUGUAUGUGUAUGUGUGUGUAUUUGCCCUUGUGUUUCUUGGUGAAUGUAACCGGAGCCGUGUGUAAAAGCAGCACCUGGCAAGACGUUAUUUCAGAAGCCUGGACGAGCCUCUCCUUAAAAAACACCACCACCACGUGUGUGUGUGUGUGUGUGUAUGUAUAUCCCUCGUGUGUCACAUGACAGUAACCCAAGCCCUUGUGUGCUGCAGCGGUUGCUGUCAGUAGGCGACAAUGAUUUGGGUUGCCAUAUUGGAUGUUUUUACUCCAAUCUGUGGAAAAAAAAAAGAUGAAUGUUAUAUGGAAUGAAGUACGAAGGCAAAAGGUCAAAGGUUAUAGAUGUUAAGUAGUGGACUCCCAAAUAAUGGUCAGUGUGAUGCAGCUGGAGAAGCAGAACAAAUUAGAAAAAUCCUGAACUGACAGAAAUCUCACUAUUCCUUUAUGCAAACGUCCUGCUGCAGCAGGAUGACUUCACACACACACACACACACACACACA